AUGGACUCAGAUUCCGAAAGUUAUGAUUCUGGAUUUGAAUUAGAUCCAGCAGACAGAGAUGCCAGCUGGGACGACGAUAUAAGCCCCGAAGAGGAAAAAAGGCUGAAACUGAGCAAAAUUCAAGAUCGACAGAAGUGGAUUGUAAGACUACAAUUUAAGCAAAAUGGAGAGGAUGGAGAAGGAAAUGGCUUCUAUGUCAACAUACCACAUCCCACACACCACGUCAUCUUCACUGCUGGCCAUAACCUUGUCGGUGUGAAAAUGGAAGACUUAAAGAUAUAUCAAGCUUCAGAGGACGCGAAGGACACGAAUCCCAAACCUACCGAAUUUUACGUCUCGGCCGUAUAUCAAAAGAAAUUUGCUGAUGAACGGGGAAGCCCGAAGGAAGCAACUCAAGAGCAAGAAGAGGCAGAUUUCGGUAUCAUUUUAGUGAAAAAGAACCGGAAAUAUCCAUAUCGAGGUUUUGGAUUUGCCUUGAAACUUGGCUUUGAUGUACUCGAUCAAGCUCAUUUUGAUUUCAUUGGCUAUAAAGACGCCGACGACGGUACGGGUGUCGACGACAAUGACGACGAUAACGACGAAACCCAAAUCCCAGACCAGAGCAAGAUAGAAAAGCCGCCAUGGGACGCAUUCACAAGUGAGGGAAAAUGCACCGCUUGCCGUCCCAAUCAGCUCGAUUAUGAAAUGGAAACCGAAAAAGGCUUUAGCGGAGCACCUGUAAUCAUGCCUCAUAAAAAUCGCGAUACUGCUAUUGCUAUCCACAACUACGGUCGUUCAGAUAAUAAAAAAAUAAGUAGGGGAACUCGCAUCAACGAAAAGCUUCUCGACGAGGUCUAUGGUUGGCUUCAAAUAGGCCUUUAUGACAAAGCUCUUCAAGCUUCUAGGAAUAUUUCUGGUCCAUUACAAGAGCGUUUAUAUCUUGUCUUCACUCCCGAUAGCAAUCACGCGGUGGUAAGGCUUGGUUAUGACCAAGAGAUUGUGACCAAGUUCGAUAUCCUGCCUGCUUAUGCGCCACCUUCAAACUAUGGCUUUCCAAACGACUUUCGGUAUGUAUUCCGUAUCAAAUCGGAGGUAGGAAACCCACCGGAGAAACGCUGGGUGCUUUGGAACGCCGCCAGGCAGACUGUCAGCUUGACCAGCUCUCUGAGAGAUUUCUGCUUUGUGAGUCUUCUCGAGGAUAAGGUACAGAAAAUAGUGGACCUGGAGAAGAUCUACUAUAUCCACGUCGAGAUGAAAAAUGAUCAAGGAGAGUCAACUGAACUCAAAGAACUUCGGAUGAGAGCCGCUGAUCUUACUGAAUCUGACAUUGUGUUGGACUCUCUAGAGACUCCCGAGGUCUUCUUCGAGCGACAUAAGAGAGGGAAGUUUCUAUUUGGGAAGAUUCCGUGUAUGCCAACUGUUCCGAGUGAACCAGCAAUCCAACGGGAGGAAUUUGACUUUAACUUAUUUCGUUUCUACCCCAGUAAGCUUGAGCGAAAUAGGAGAGAACUUGAAGUUCAUGAUGGAUGGAAUUAA